AUGGCGACAGCAACAGAAACUAGCCCAGCUGCUUCACUAGUUGAUGUUCUGACAAAGCCAUGGAGUCUGGAACAGACAGAUUCAUACAUGUCUACUUUCGUUCCACUCUCCUAUAAAAUCAUGAUCGGGUAUCUUAUCACAAUUUAUCUCGGACAAAAAGUGAUGGCACACCGAAAACCAUUCGAUCUCCAGAAUACACUUGCUCUUUGGAAUUUCGGAUUCUCAUUGUUCUCUGGAAUUGCCGCCUAUAAACUUAUUCCAGAGCUUCUCGGCGUUUUCUGGAAAGAUGGAUUUGUUGCCUCCUACUGCCAAAACGAGAGCUACUACACCGAUGCGUCCACCGGAUUCUGGGGAUGGGCAUUUGUGAUGUCAAAGGCACCAGAACUCGGAGACACAAUGUUCUUGGUUCUCCGCAAGAAGCCAGUUAUCUUCAUGCACUGGUACCAUCAUGCUCUCACUUUUGUCUACGCUGUUGUCACUUACUCCGAGCAUCAAGCAUGGGCUCGUUGGUCAUUGGCACUUAACCUCACUGUUCACACUAUCAUGUACUUCUACUUCGCCGUCCGCGCCUUGAACAUCCAGACUCCACGUCCAGUCGCCAAGUUCAUCACUACCAUUCAAAUCGUUCAAUUCGUCAUUUCCUGCUACAUUUUCGGACAUUUGGUGUUCAUUAAGUCGGCCGACUCGGUGCCAGGAUGUGCUGUCAGCUGGAAUGUGUUGUCAAUCGGAGGUCUCAUGUACAUCAGCUACUUGUUCCUGUUCGCCAAAUUCUUCUACAAAGCCUACAUUCAGAAGCGUUCACCAACCAAGAAGCAAGAAUAG